GGGCUGUGUCAGCGUGGCAGUCAUGGCAUCCUAUUUCGAUGAGCACGACUGCGAGCCUUUGGAUCCCGAGCAGGAGGCCCGAACCAACAUGCUGCUGGAGCUCGCAAGGUCGCUUUUCAAUAGGAUGGACUUUGAAGACUUGGGGUUGGUAGUAGAUUGGGAUCACCACCUGCCUCCACCUGCUGCCAAGGCUGUGGUCGAGAGCCUCCCCAGGACAGCCAUCAGGGGGUCUCAGGCUGACCUCAAGUGCCCCGUGUGUCUUUUGGAAUUUGAGGAGGAGGAGACGGCCAUUGAGAUGCCUUGCCAUCACCUCUUUCAUUCCAACUGCAUUCUGCCCUGGCUAAGCAAGACAAAUUCCUGCCCCCUUUGCCGCCAUGAGCUGCCCACCGAUGAUGACACUUAUGAAGAGCACAGACGAGAUAAGGCUCGAAAGGAGCAGCAGAAGCACCGACUCGAGAACCUCCAUGGAGCCAUGUACACAUGAGGCAGUUGUGGUUGAGCACCAGCCCUCCCAACGUCUUCCUCUUGAACCUUGAAUCCUCAUUAAAGCUCUCUUUACCCAC